AGUUAAGAUACGAGACGAGCUGCAAACCACAAGUUGAAAAAAAUAAAUACAAUCAUGCAAGAAAAAAAACUCUGCACUACAACACAGUUCCUGCUCACAGCCUUCAUCCUGUUUUUAUGAGUGAAAGAACUGAAUUUCCCCUGAUAGCUACUGUAAAGACGUCUCAAGGACUGAUACCCACGCUGAGUUUAGGCUACUGUUCAUAUGAGCUCAUCACUGAGGCAAUAGGGCUAGGAGGACCCCUAAAGGGCGGAGCGAUUUUAUCCAGACGAAGUAAACGAAAUUGAAGUCUGGAAACUGAAAUCAAGAAGUAGCCUAGAGUUUUCGAUACUGUUGGCUAUUUCGUUUUUCUUCACAGAAAAAAAAAAAAAAAAAAAAAAAAAAAAAAACUCGUGCGUUUUUAAAAUGGAUGGAUGUGCUACCACAGAUUUCAGGAUAUAAUAUUUCAAUCGACGUACAGUAAUAGGCCCACGCAAAUCUUAAGGCUAUAGAUCUUAUUUAUUUUUAUUAUUUGUAACCCAUCUUAAAAAUUUAAAGUGAAAACAAUACUUACGUAACUGCUUUUAAUAUAGGCCAACUGAUGGCACUAUUGUCCUUGUUGUAAGCGUAGUAGGCUACUUUUAAUAUCUGCCUCGACUUUGAUAGUUUUGAAAAAAGCGGACGAGCAAACUCGCGCUACUAAAUCAUGAGGAGAUCAUUAAUUAGAUAUGUCGGGAACUGUGAAUAUGGUUUAUAAAUCUUUUUUCCUCUGUCUAUGGAUUUGGUUCUCACAUGGUGUGUUUGGUGGUACAGAUGUAAUGAAGUCAUUAUCAGUGAUGGAAGGCGAUUCUGUCACUCUAAACACUGAUGUUAAUGUACAGAGGGAUGAUCAGAUACUGUGGAUGUUUAAAGUUAACAAUUCAUUCACUCGUAUUGCUGAAAUCCACAGACAGAAGAUCUAUAUAGGUGACAGUACUCUGGCAUUCAGAAAAAGAGUGCAGAUGGACAGCCAGACUGGAUCUAUGACCAUCAGAAACAUCAGAACUGAACACUCGGGACUUUAUAAACUACAAAUCAUCAAAGAUGAAGUUACAUCCAAGAGUUUUUCUGUUGCUGUCUAUGCUCCUCUUCCCAUUCCGAUCAUUACCAGAGACACUUCAAAUUGUUCAUCAUCUGAACGUUCAUCAGUGUCCAGAUGUGUGCUGCUGUGUUCAGUGUCGAACGUGAGUCGUGUGACUCUCUCCUGGUACAAAGGAAACAGUUUAUUGUCCAGCAUCAGUGUGUCUGAUCUCAGCAUCAGUCUCUCUCUACCUCUGGAGGUGGAAUAUCAGGAUAAAAACACCUACAGCUGUCUGCUCAACAAUCCCAUCAGCAACCAGACUCAACAUCUGGACAUCACUCAACUCUGUCACACAUGUGCAGGACCAUUGCAACAGUCACAGUCGGUGGUAUUAUUAAUUAGUUUAGUGGUGGUGCUGGUUUUGGUAGUUGUGGGGGUGAUAUACUUUAACCGCAGGAAAUGCAAAAUUUCGAAACAAGCAAGUUCAGAAGUCCAGACUUGUGAGGAAGAGGUGCUUUAUGCCGAAACAACAUUUUGUGCACGCAGUGUUCACAGUACGGUAAGACACUGUAUUCAGUGUGCAGUGAAUCUGCAUAAACUACAGAUGUCGAGAGAGACACAUGCGCUUGAACACGUGACAAAGCAGUAACUGUGCCAUCCUGUGCUGCUGUCAGUGUUUGUACUUAUUUGUCUGCGCAUGAUGUGGCCUUUCAAGCUAUUUAAACCACUCUUUUUAGCUUAAUGUCUGUUUAUGCUUUUUUCUGCUAGGCUUCAAUUGCACAUGGUACCAUCCCCAAGGCACAGUGCAAUAUCCGCUAACUUGAGAAACACGUUAUACCAAAAAUGGCUUCUCAUUUCUCAGAGCUAGUAUAGGGUUUGGGAAGGGUGUAGUUUUUUACCUUUAAAUACAUUUAUGGGCAUUUUCUGCCUUUAUUGGGACAGGACAGUAGAGAGCUGACAGGAAAGCAUUUGGUGGAGAAAGAGAAGGGGGCGGGAUCGGCAAAGGACCUCGAGACGGGACUCAAACUCGGGUCGCGUAUGUCUGCGUACUAACCACGAGGCUAUUGGUGCCGACGUAGGUUGUAAAUUUACUUAAUACCAUGAUUAUGCCUCUGAAAAGCCACAGGCAUCUGUAACAGACAAACAGUCAGUGAUCAAAUCACAAAAGAAUUUAUUAUAAAUCCUGAUGAUUCAAUAGCAGCUGAAUGAAAUCCAGGAAAGCAGUGCUGGAACUGCCAGUUGACUUUUUGCAGCUCUACCAGUGAUUAACAAUGAACAGACGAAAAUGAAAGUGUUUUUAAAAUGCCCCAAAAGCCCCGAAAUACCCAUCAAAAGCCAAAAGAAAUGCUCUGUUUGAAGUAUUCACUCUGUGGUAAAAAUUGUGCAUGUACAUCUUGCCAGUAUUUAAGAAAGUUAUUUAAAAUGAUUGAAUAAACAUCAUGCUUUUGCUAUCA